GAAACGCUGGACGAGCUGUUGGACUAUACGCGUGCCAAAGAAAGUGCGGAAGCGAGGCUGGUGGAGAUCGUCCCAACUGUGAAGCUGAUGAAGGAGUUGAUUCAGUCGACGACCUUGGGUGAGUGGACCACCGACCGGCGCCUGAAUUUUCAGCAGCUCACUGUCGAGAUGCUGUCUCAGCAGAACACCGUGAAUCGAUUAAGGAUUCCAUCAGAGCACGAACUUUUGAAUGCUGGCUAUCGGCAUGCACACUUGUUCUUUCCUCCCAUCGUGAACUCCACGCUCAUGUUACAGCAUUUCUUGGAAAGAGCCUCAGAAAUGCUGGAGGAGGUGGAUGUGCCAUCUUCUCCGACAGACGAGACUAUCGAUAUGUUCGGGUCGAUGCAGGAGAUGAUGGAAAUGGCCGCUGAAAAGACUUGCGACGCCGUUGUCAAUUGCACUGGCUUGGCUUCUCGCAAGCUUUGUCACGACGACCAUAUGCUGGGGGCAAGAGGAAUUCUGCUCCAGUACGACAGAGAGACAGUAGAACGUCGGCAGUCAUUCGUGGCAGGGCACGACAGCGAUCAAGCGAAUACAAACGAUGCCGCCAUAAUGGUGGAGCAUGCCCCCUGGGGUAGUGAUUCGCUGCCAUGCUAUCUGAUUCCUCGUGGUUCCACUAUCGUGGUGGGUGGCAGCUACCUGGAGCAAGAUGCACGGGAGACCAUCUCAGACGAGGAGAGAGUAAGGCUCUUCCAGAACUCUUUCAAUCUUGGGAUUGAUAUCGACAAGAGCACCCCUACUUCGCAGUGGGUAGGUUUUCGGCCCUACAGGCCAACAGUCCGGUGCGAAAUUGACUCCAGUUUGACUGAUUCUCCCAUCAAGCUCAUCCACAACUAUGGCCAUGGAGGUAGCGGGUGGACCGUCAACGUAGGAGCAGCGAAGGAAUGCGCGUCGCUGGUACACGAAGCACUGAAGGAGUGA